UCCAAUCACGUGCCAGUAUCCCAAUUCAAAAACUAAGUUUCUAAGUCUACCAGUAGUAACGUACGAUCAAGGAAAUUUUCCGGCAAAACUUCGCGAUGUCCUCUCGCGGGUAAUACCUCUUGAUGAACAAAACAGAUGCGGCCAGACUCACAGAGAGCAAUGAAUGAAUGAGUAUGAUUUGACAGACAAUUGUUAUUGCUCUGAAAAUAAACAUUUAUACAUACAAUAUUGUCUAGCGGGUCCGUCACUGGUUGGGGGUUUAACCUUUAAGAAGCUUUUGUAACAAAAGUCUCACAGAACUAUCACAAGGUUUAAAGUAGCGCGCCAAAACAAAGAUGGCGGCCCCCACGUGCGAAAACAUUUUCUAAUCUUGACGCCGGUAUCGCAUGUGAAUUCAGAUAGUUUGAAGCAAGUUUUCGUGUGGAACUGGUGGUAUUGAAUAUACAAGGUAUGUACUAUGUAAGCAUAGAUAUGUAUAUAUUUAUAUAGCUUGUUCCAAUGAAUGAAGCGGUGUCUUUCUCCUGAAUGUCACAUCCGGAGAGUCGUUCAAUUGUAUUCAUCUUUGGGAGAUACGUCAACUGUCUUGAAGCUCUCAUGUAAACACCGUAUUGGCGGGAUUUGCCUAUAACUUUCGGUAUAUAUAUAUAUAAAAUAGGUGGUGUUCUAAUCGGCAUAAAUAGUUUAAUUAUGUUAUUUUGUAUGUGCUAUUUGCGUGCGCAAAUAUGCGGUAGACGUAAUUUCGUAGUCGUGAUUACAGCUGUAUGCGUAACAAGGAUAAUCGAAUGACUUCAACGGGCCUAUCAUGCAUCAUAUGUGCACAACCGUUACUUCGGUUUCUGUUCAAUCCUAAUGGAGAUUAUAUCUUGAACUGUUCGUCGGCCACAUGCACAUACGGUAUAUUGCACGCGAGUGUACAUAAAGCGGAAACAACGGCUGAGCAACUUCAACCAAUUAUCGCCAACCCUGAGUGCAAUAUUGAUAUGCCGGAUUUCGCUGCUAUGCUAGACGACGAUUUAUAUGCUAAAAGAGAACUACAAAAUGAUGAAGAGAACUUGGAAGAAGAUCUUCAAGCACAUUUUUCGUUAGCGGCCAAAGAAGAUCGCUCGAUCGACAGCUGGCUGCAAGAAUUCGUAAACACACCUCAAGAGACAGCAGUUCCACCAGUGAAAACAACUGGUUGUCAUUCGUCCAUUGACCCUAAAUUUGAUGGCUUUUCGACUUUCCACAAAGAACCAUCGCAAGUCUCAAAAGGAAAGUUCGCGUUUAACAGAGUACCUAAAGUACAGUCAGGGCCAGCCACCACAUUUCCUGUAGCUCGUCGUAACGAAAGAGAGACUAUGGCGUUGGAAAGCACGAAAAGCAUGCUUGAAAUGCAGAAACCAAAAAGGACGGGUACAAAACGGGGUACUGGCCCGAGUGCUCUAUUUAAGAAAACGCAGGCCAAAGCCGCCGUUUUAAGGGCGAACAUGGAACUAACCGAUGAGACGAAAUCAGAAGCUGGUAGCUCUGACUCAGGCGUUCAAUCUGAGAGCUCUUCGUCCUCCUCGUUAUCUACGGGCACCCUCACUGGGGAAAUGACAACUAUUCAACGACUGUUGCAUCUCGAGGAGGCAAAAAAGCGAUCCUGGGGAAAGACGGGAAUGCCGGGAUUCAGGCCAUCAGCUACGACAACGAUUCCUAAGCUGAAACUGUUCUAGAAAUUUAUGCGGUAGUGUCUCUAUUUAGAUACAAAAGCAUUUUUUUUUAGGUUAGAAUAAACAUACGAAAAACGAAGUUUUAUUUCACCCGUCGCCCACAUAUUUCAUCUAUGGUGCGCUCAUGGAAGGCAUAAUCAUUGAUCGUCUAUGCAUGAUAACCAGGAAAGAACCCGGUGCUUGAAUGGCGCCCGUGAUUGUUCAAGGGGAUUGCUCUCUAUUUUGAACAAAACGCUGCACGUUCAAAAGUUGAUGUGUGAUGGUGAUUAUUGAAUGAUAUGCUCAUUUGACUGGUUGUAGGAGAACGCAGAGCUUCCAGCUCUUCAGACGCAAUGUAGGUUCCCAGAAUUCUGUCUCACGGGUGGCCUUUGCAGUGAGGGCCGCCUCCAUAGAAUGUAAAUACUUGAUCAAAUAGCGUCAAUCGCUAAAACACAAAAUAGCUUUGUAUCUGUAACAAACGUGACAGUUGUUUAGUGUAAAGAGCACUGUUGCCAGAAUUUUUAAAUUGGGCAGCUUCCUCAUGGUAGCCGCUUCUGUGAAAACAUGCACACAGUAAACAUCUGUUCCUAAUAUGAUAACUUAGACCUCUAUUACCUGAUAUACGUUGUAUUUUUUGUGCUCAGGAUGAUAGCUUAGGCUAUAGUAAUGAUUAUCGGCAGACUCAUAGGGGUCAUUCUGUCAAUAUAUUUUACUGGCAGCCGACAGUAGAAACAGUGGAAGAUGCACAGAUUAUAUGAAUAUCAAUAUACAAACAGAUAUAUGUGUACAAAGGUACAUAUCUAUCUGUUUGUUUAAAUAGAUAUAUGUGUACAAACGUACACAUCCAUCUGUUUGUAUUGAACGAUUCUCAUUAUUAUUAUCACCAUUAUCAUUAUUAUUUAUAUUUAUUGUAUACAUAGCAAGGAAAAGUAAA